UUACUCCAUUGGAGCAGUCUGUAGAUAAUCUGACUUGUCGAAAACAGGAAUCCUGUUAUUUGUGAACAGUGACUGACAUCAGCAAUGUCUUGAGUCCUGGCUGUUUGUGACUUCAUUGGCCAGGAUUUUCAUAGUAUUUAGGACUUCAGAAAAAAGUCUCCAAGGUUUCAGUGUGUUGGGGAGGGUUUCAUUCUAUACCACCCAUUCUUCUAGGAUGGAACAUGGUAUAAAUUCAGUGUCAUCAUUAGCAUUUAAAUGUGGUUGAAGCUUGGACACCUUGGAAAAGAAGUUUUAAGCAUUAGGUAUGGAUGAUAAAGGAGAUCCAAGCAGUGAUGAAAUGCCUAAGACCAUCAAACCCACAAGCAAGGAGUUCAGGAAAACAUGGGGUUUUCGAAGAACCAGGAUUAAGAAGCGAGAGGGUGCAGGAGAUGCUGAAGUCGGUUCUCUGGAACAGCAGCCUCAGCAGCAGCAGCAAAGCCUCUCCUUGCGCCGCAGUGGCAGGCAGCCGAGGCGUACGGAGAGAGUGGAAGAAUUUCUUACCACAGUCAGACGCAGAGGAAGAAGGAACGUUCCUGUCUCCCUGGAAGAGUCCAGUGAGCCAACAUCUUGUCCAGUUACGGAUUCGGAAACUGCGUCUGAGGGGAGCGUAGACAGCGCCGCAGAGAUGAAAAGCGGUCCCGGGUCUGGUUGCACGUGUGUCGAGGAGCAGCCAGCCUCGUCUGAAGACGCCGAAGGAGGCGAUGGCAACGAUGGCGCCUCCGACGGUGACAGCGAUGUUAACGAUGACACCUCCGACGGUGACAGCGGUGGGUCGACUUUGCAAGAGCCGCAGACUCGCCGUCGGAGGAAGCGGGAACGAGAGCCGCGCGACAGGCCUCCGGGAGGGACGCGGCGCCGCCUGCGGGAGAAGCGGCGGGAGGAGGCGCCCGCCGGGACCGCUGGCGCUGAAGCCGGCCCCGCCGCGGAGAGCUCGCGGCCCGGGGAGCAGGAGCCCGGGCCCGGUCGGGCAGCUGUGUCCCGGGCAGCACGAGACGAGCAAGCCAGCAGGCUGGAGGGGAAAGCGUCUGAGGGAACUGAGGAGGAAGAGCCUGGGGACGCCACGAGACGCAGGCGAGACCGUGAGGUCCACGACCCCAGCGCCCUGUACUGCCUGUGCCGGCGGCCUCAGGACAGGUUCAUGAUUUGCUGCGAUCGGUGUGAAGAAUGGUUUCAUGGCGACUGUGUGGGCAUUUCUGAGGCUCGAGGGAGGCUUUUGGAAAGGAAUGGGGAAGAUUAUAUCUGCCCCAAUUGCACCAUUCUGCAAGUGCAGGAUGAGGUGAAUUCAGAAAACACAGAUCAGCAGGACACUAAAUUUAGCCCUGGAAAUGCUGAUGGCACAGAGUUUACGAGUAUAGGAACAGUCGAACAAAAAUCUAGUGAAGACCAAGGAAUUAAGGGUAGAAUUGAGAAAGGUGCACAUCCAAGUGGCAACAAAAAACUCAAGAUAUUUCAGCCUGUUAUAGAGGCUCCCGGGGCCUCCAAGUGUGUUGGUCCUGGGUGUUCUCGUGUGGCACAGCCUGACUCGGUUUACUGCAGCAAUGACUGUAUUCUUAAACAUGCUGCAGCUACCAUGAAAUUUCUAAGUUCAGGUAAAGAACAAAAACCCAAACUUAAAGAAAAGACCAAGAUGAAACCAGAAAAGCUCAGUCUUCCAAAAUGUAGCAUUCAGGCGGGCAUUAAAAUUUCUUCUGUGCACAAGAGACCAGCUCCAGACAAAAAAGAAAACAUUGUGAAGAAGACUGCGGUGGCACCUUCCAGGAAUGAAGCACUUAUUAAGGAAACAACUUCUGAAAGCACACCUUCUUGGGCAAGCGAUCACAAUUACAAUGCAGUAAAGCCAGAAAAGACUACUGCUCUUUCGCCAUCACUGUUGUAUAAAUGUAUGUAUGACCUAGGGGCUAGCCUCGUGGACCCUUCCCGUUCCCUCUGGAUAGCCAUCCGCUUUGUCUGUCCAGGAUUAGGAUUGUUAGCCGUGUUUUUAUUCUGGUCGUAAACACUUGAUGCGCCCAGGAUGAAGCAGAUGCCCAUAUCUGAGAUGCCUCCUGAGGUCCUGUACAUACAUCCUUAGUCUGUUUUGACUUGUCAUCAUUGUUUUCAAAAAGCUGUACAAACUCAUUGCUGUUUUACCUUGAUAAUUGAUCUCUCUUUAAUCUCUGUUUUCAUUAUCAGACUCUGGUAAGUAUUUAUAUUAUCUUCAAAACAAAAUUGGAUUUAAUAGGUACACUGCCGAGCACUCAAAAUUCAUCGUUGUCCAAACAUCAGUUAGUUUUAGUAUGCCCUGUUAGCUUUAGCAGUUUUUCCACAUUAUCUGCUUUCAGUCCAUAUAAUCAUCGGUUCUUUCUUAUGUUACGGAAAUCCCUUUGUGCCGGUUAGAUCUGAUACUCAGUUUAUGCAUGAUUUUCAGGAGUUAAAUUUAUUUUUGAGUGGACAGGUAGGAAUUUUUUCAUGUUUAGCUCACCUACGACACACCCACAUAAACACCCAUUUGAAUUUUGAAGGCCCAUUUUACUCCUUCUUAGUAAGUACCCAGGUGAGUGAGUAUGAUGUACUUUCCACACUUUUAAUGUCCUCACUGCAGGUAAGGUUUGAUAUUUUAGGUAUAACUGGCUGUCUCACCCUUCUCUUAAAUGCUUAGACUACCCCCAAUUUCACAUUAUUGGAAGAAACUAAGAUACUUUAGACAGACAUUUUAAAUCCCAGGUUAGAUGUCACUUGAAUCUUUUCUGUUUGUUCCAGCUUCUCAGCCUAAAGCUCCAAAGUUAAAUUUUUAGAAAUUUAAGAUCCCUAGGGCACAUCUUUUUCUAUUAUUUUAAGAUUUUCAGUCUUUUUUUUAUUCAGUCUAUAGUACAUUUGGUACCUUUUUUCAAAGUCCCAAAAAGUUGGAUAUCCCUAAAUUCAGUAUUCUGAAAGUGCACUGCGGCCUCCAGUCAGCCUUUUAACAAAUCACCUACAGGAGGUGCUCAUGAGAGCAGGCUCUGGAUCAAGUAUAUGGUUGAAAAUACAUGUCACCAAAUACUCCUUGUGAGAAUGUAACAGCACCAAGACUUAAGAAGUGGAAUCACAAAUAAAUUGCAAAGCAUUACUGGAAUAUUUUCAAAGUUUCAGAUUUUAGAAGUAAGUUGUUAAAUAACAGAAUUAACCAAUUGCGUGUGAAGGGUCUCUACACCUUAGCUUAUUUGAGCCUAGAAUUUCAGCUCUAGGAUUUUCAUCAAAUUAUGGCACCGCUAUAAAAUAGCACUUUUAUAGAAGUAACGGACAUACCUACAAAUAAACAUCACCCACCUGCAAAUGGGUGGGAAGCAGUUGAGUUUUAAUACUGUGCUGAAAUGCUUUAAGGUGGUUAUAGGCAUGUAACAAUAAAGGAAAGCAAAACUGGGACUAUAACCACAAUACAGAUAAUUGGGUGGUUAAUCUCACUUCAGUUCAUUUCAGACUGUGUCCGACAGAAUUGGAAAGCUGUCCCUGAAACCCCAACUGGGGAGUCUCGGGAGGCCACAUACAUCGGAGAAGGGAAAUGGUGUUGGGGAGCGUGGGACAAAGGAUGGUCCUAAUCCCUGGAACCUCAAGUUCUUUCUUUUCACCUCCCCCG